AUGACUGUCAUUGGCUUCAACGAGAACGUGCAUAUGGCCAUGCAAAACGCUGGGACAUCCUCUAGACACGUGAGCAAGUUAACCUCACGAGGGCCUGGUUUCGCCUAUGGCCAUCGAUUAGACCUGAUUUCUGGUCAAGCUACGCCGACUAUCGACGACACCUAUGAGAGCCUUUGGAGUACGCAUGCUUGCCGGUGUCGAACAGGAUUCGGUGACAUUGAAGGAGCCCACAUUCUGAAACGGGCUGUCGGUGUUUUCACCGACCGGGCAGAUACCAUGGCUGCAACGUGGAAUACGAUUCGGCAUUACUCAGGGAUGUUCGAAGAAACUAUCCAAAACAUGGAAAAGCUUGUAAAUGACUCUUCUAAUAGCAUGGUGCUCGGACACAAUAUCCACAAUAACUUAAGCUAA